AUGAUUCUCCUGUAUUUGAUCUCUUAUCGAUCUCCUGCAUUUCUGGAUAACUUGAAAUGCUUUUUGUACAACACUUCAUUUAUUCAAAUCGUUUUGAUCACUUCUGCAUUCAUUUCUCAACACAGACUUCUUUCAAAUAAUAACAGUGCAGCAGUUCUGACAAUUGGACCAUGCAGUUAUAUCAGUCCAAGAUUUUGUUUCAUCAAUUAUCACAUUUUUAUGGCAACAAGUUUUGCUGCAGGUUCUGCAAUUUCAAUCACAGUUUUGUUCCGUUUUUUGGUGCUCGUGCAGAAUCAAGUGACUGCAAAUCAAACUUACUUCAUGGUGUUUGCGUCAUAUAUUGCUCCGUUCGUGCUUUUGUUAUUACCAUUCACUGACAACUGGGAUUUUGAGUCAGUUCAAAGAACCACUGCAAUCGAGCAUCCAACAUAUAAUCUCUCGAUUUAUAUACCAUUCUCCGGUUUUGAAAAUGCUGGAAGUCCUCAAUUCCUAUCAGCAACUCUUCUUCUUUCAAUCGGAGCCUAUGGAAUACCAAUUGGAUGUCUCUUCUUAACCAGAAAAGUUCUCGUUCUCAUUCGAUUUCACAGACAUAUGUCGGAUAGAACUAAAAAACAAGCACAGACUCUGAUUCAUGGUCUGAUUGUUCAAUCCAUGUUACCAUUUAUCUCCUAUAUUCCAUCGUUUUCUGGUUAUGUUUAUACUCAAACAACUGGACGGGAACUAUUGUUUUGUGAGCAUUUGAUUCUGGUGUCAUCUGCAUUUCCUGCAUUACUGGACCCUUUCAUUUCAUUCUAUUUUAUAGUUCCCUAUCGUCAAGCGAUUCUUGAAUUCUUCCUCCCGAAGCGGCAAUCUCAAUCUCGAAUCACAUGUUCCGUCACCAACAACUCAACUUCUGGAUUUAAUUAG